AUGCAGAAGACAAGAAGCCAACAGUAUCAUUCUUCCCUAAACUGGCAAAUUCACCCCAAGAGAUCCGCCUCAAUCUACUUCCCUAGUACCUCUCCAACUUAUCUACGUUCGACAUCCUCAGUAUGGCAACCCCAACCGCUUCGCAGACCUCCAUCCGUAAGUCAAUCGGUGUGGCCAUGGCGACCCUAUAUUCCCUUCACGUCAACUACCCCUACUCAGAGACGAAUCCCCCGCACCUCACUAGACUCUACAGACGGAAGUAGCAGCUUCUGGAAUCUCCAACAUGCUGAUUGCCGUCUUCUCCCUUCUGGUGGCUGUGACGAUUGGGCAAGAAGGCUGGUAAAGCAUCAUAGUUAUUACGAUAGAGAUUAUACCUCUGAGAUCCAACGUACGCACUCCUAA